UUUUUUUAAAAAAAAAAAAAAGAAAAAUGCAACAACAACAACAACAACAACAACAGGCAACUAUCAUUACACCAGCUAUUCAGAUUAAAAAAAGACCUGCUGAAAAUGAUUCAAUAACAAAACACAUCAAAAAAAAGAGGCCUAUAGAUCGUAAUGCCUUACCAAAGAUUGAUGCAUAUAUACCAGAAUCAAAACUAUAUACGGAAUUAUGUGAACUUGAAAAAAAUCUGGAUAAAGCCAUCAUGAGAAAACGAUUAGAUGUUCAAGAGGCUUUAGGAAAACCAACUAAAGUACGUCGAACAUUACGUAUAUUUUUAUCUAAUACAGCUGCCGAUCAGUCAAGUCAAUUAGAAGAAGGCAAUAAUUUUGAAAAUAAUGAUAAUAAUGCACCUUCCUGGACUUUAAGAAUUGAAGGAAGAUUACUAGAUCCCUUGAUACCUACAAAAAAAGCACAACCAGUUCAAAAAUUUACAUCCUUUUUUAAAUCCAUUAUUGUCGAGCUUGAACGAGACCCUGAUAUGUUUCCAGAAGGCAAUAUUAUUGAAUGGCAUAAACAAGCUUCAUCUUCUGAUUUUGAUGGUAUUGAAGUAAAAAGAAAAGGAGAUACUAAUAUUAAAGCACGGGUUAUUCUUGUCCCUGAUUAUAAUCCACAAAAAUAUAAGGUGAAUUCACCUCUUGUUGAAUUGAUUAACGUAAAAUUAGCUACAAAGCCACACAUCAUUCUUGAAUUAUGCAAUUAUAUAAAGUUGAAUAAACUAUUCGAUGAACAGGACAAGAGAAUGAUUAAGAGUGAUGCCAAGCUUAAAAACCUUUUAGAUAAAGACACAUUCCAACUUUCUGAAUUACCAACAUUAAUUCAUCGAUAUUUAACAGUCCCAGAUCCAAUCGUAUUAGAAUAUACAAUUUGUGUUGAUAAACAAUUUACACAAUCACCUACAGCUUAUGAUAUGGAUGUAGAAUUAGAUAAUGUCUUGAAACAAAAAAUGAUGAAUACAGUAGCUUCAACUCAAUCCCAAAAAGAAGUGUUAGCUUUAGAUGAUAAAAUUAUACAAUGUGUACAAAGUAUCAAUAAUUCAAAAGUGAAGCGAGAUUUCCUAAUUCAAUUUACCACCAAUCCCAUCAAGUUUAUUAACAAAUGGAUUACAAGUCAAGCAAGAGAAUUAGAAAUCAUUCUGGGUGAAACAAAGGUAAACUUGGAAGACGUUCGGCAAACAGACUUUUAUAAGCAACCUUGGGUAAAGGAAGCUGUAUUCCAUUAUUUAACUUCAAAGACUCAACAACGUAUGCAAGAACUUUUAGCAACUCAAAAACCGCAAAUUUAAAUAUUUAUUAUUUAUGACAUUUUAAGAAUAUCUUUAAAUAAAGCAGU